CGCGCACCUCCUGACGUCCUUCUCCUUGUGGUAGAGAUAGAUACCACUGGUACUAUCCUAGCUGACUUCCUUCUGUGUGAUAACGUAAUUCGGAAAAGAGUUACAUAUAUCUCCAAGUCUUUUACGUUACCUUUGUGACGAAUCUGCGUUGGAAAUGUCGUUAGAAGAAGACAGCUUCUAAUUAUAUUAUAGAUUAUCGUUACAAAAUCUAAAUGUUGUGAGGACAGUAUAACCAUUUUCUCGUGAGUGGAAAGAUAGACGACACUUGACAUUGCUUCAGAAUUACGGUGUUUAACUGUGAAAAGGAAACGUGAAAUACAACAAAAUGGGUUUAUCCAAAGCGACGUUUAUAGACGAACACAAAAACGUCGGAAUAGUUAACGUGUCUUAUAAAAGCGACGAAGACGAAUUCACGAAAGCGGAAACAGAAAUUGAAGACAAUAAGAAAAAGGAACACGUAAAUGGGGGAGUAAUAGACGAAGAAAUUAAAACAGAGAAUGGGAACGUUAGAGAAGGAAAGAGAGAGGAGGAGAAAGAAGAAGAAGACGAAGAAGCGGUUCCCGACGGCGGCUGGGGCUGGGUCGUCACCUUCGGCUGUAUCAUCAUUGCGAUCGCCAUCAACUUCGCCGGCCCCUGCUUCGGCAUCCUGUUCUCGGGGUUCCUCCUCGAGCUCGGGACGUCCUCGACCAACGUGGCCUGGAUCUUCAACUUGAGGUCGUUCAUCAGCAACAUCUCGGCCUUGUUCCUCGACCCCCUGGUGGCCGAGUGGGGCUGGAGGAAGGUGGGCCUCGUCUCGAGUCUCCUGCUGUCCCUCGGCUUCGCUGUCUCGAGCUUCGCCAACUCGGCUCUCUAUCUGCUGUGCUCUUACUCCAUACUCACGGGUAUUGGCUGCGGGUGGAUGAUGGGCACAAUCUUCUCAAUGAUCCCACACUACUUCAAACGCAGGCUGGGCAUCGCGAAUGGCCUCAUGCACGGAGGCAUCUGCGUGGGGCAGAUGGCGGGACCUCCAAUGAUCACUUAUUUGCAAGAGCAAUAUGGCUUUUCCGGAAGCACUCUCAUCAUGGGAGCCAUCUUGUUAAACGGUUGCGUCGGGGCGGCCGUCCUGCACCCCGUGGAGUGGCACAUGAAGGCCAGAAACAAGGGAAAACCUGACGAAAGGAAGACGAAGAAGACGAGGAAGGCCCCCGACGCACAGACUCACCCGUGCACCACCGUUUCCCGCGUUUUCACCACGAUAUUCACCAACCUGAAACUCCUAAAGUCUCCCCGCGUGCUUAUCAUCACCGUGGCUUCUUCGCUGAACAUGACGACGUACCUGAACUUCCUGAUGUUCGCGCCCUUCGCCCUGCAGACGUCCGGCCUCAGCCUGGAGGAGACGUCGUGGUGCAUGUCUGUGUCUGGCUUCUGCAUGCUGGUGGCGCGCCUGGUCGUGUCCUCGCUGACGGACCUGCCAGGACUCAGCAAGCGCGGCUGCUACAUGGCCGGCACCGCCACCGUCUUUGUGACUACGAUUGCCUUCACCUUCGUGCAGGGUCUGACUUGGGCGUCGGUCGUGAUCGGCGUGUGGGCGGCGGGCGUGGGCGCCUUCAUGAGCCUGCACAACCUCAUCAUGGUGGAGUAUGUAGGCCUAGACAAACUCGUGCCGACGCUGGGCAUCUGCGGGGUCUUCAGCGGCCUUUCCUCGGUGGUCAUCGGGCCGGUGAUAGGCGUGAUCCGCGACGUGAGCCAGAGCUACGCCGUGAGCAUGUGGGCGCUGUCCGGCUGCUUCGCCGUCGCUCUCCUGCUGUGGCUCCUCAUGCCCCUCGCCGUGGCCUACGACCAGCGGAGGGAAGGGAAGCAGACGGAAUCGCCCUCUUAAGUACAAGGAGUUGGGUCCUCUUCUGAUGGGUCCUUUUUCACCGCAAAUUCUCGGCUAAUCACCAUCUUUAAAGGAGUUGCGUGCAAAUACUCCACUAUUUUUUAGCCGGCAGACUUGAGUUUGCUCGAAUAUUAGGCGAUUUAUGUUUACGAUUGCCGUCUGUAAGGCUGGUGUUAACGCUGUGGCUUCGUGGGAAGGAGGUCGUAGAGAGGGUCAGUAUGCAAGACCCAAAAUCCUGAUGAGGAACUCAGUUUAAUCCUUUUGAUUGUUAAGACGUAUUUCAAGUUAUUAACAUGUCAUGUUUUAUAUUUUAUUUAAUUAUCGUAUCGACAUGUAUUCAUUUGAAUAAAUAUACU